GAGUGUUUUUGUUUAUGUAUGUCGCAAUGACUGAAGUUUAAGACUUUGCCGAACAUUUGCCGCUUUACACUUGUACGUAUGUGGUAGUGUUUAGCAUGUAGGAGAGAAAUAAUCAAGAAAAUAUUCAUAGGUGCAUAUGAACAGUUCUGUAACUGAUAUCAAGUUCAGGGUGAGAAAUGCCACGUAUAAAACAACAUAUUCCACAUUCUCAAGAAAAGAACCAGAGUUUAAGUGUUCUUACAGUAUGUACAGCACAUCAAAUACAAGGCUAAGUCCAUCAUUAGAUGUGCACAAAAAGGCUGUUUUACCUUUGAAGAUGGGCAACACAGAGUAUAUGGAAAAAUAUAGAUAUCCUGUUCCUGCUGAAGCAGCUGUGUAUGUGGAGAAACCAGUGACAUCUGUUUGUAAGGGCAAUCUGAUUCAACGAAGUGAAUUAAAUCCAUUUGACUGUAGCAUUGUAAAGCACAUGGAUCCAUACAUAAGUGUGUCCCGUCUCAUGACUGAAAACUCUACACCAAUGUGGAAGGAUGAUCACAUACUUCCUACUCGUGAAGGUUACCCUAAAGUUUCAAGUAAGUUUCAUCAGCCUGUAUAUGAUCGCUCAAUCCUUAGUUCCAAACCGACUUACAGAAACUGGGUUCCACCUCCUCGAAGUCUCAGGAAUACAGGUGUGCAGUCUGAGACGAAUUACCAGUACAGUCGGCUAAGAAAUGUCUGCAGCAGAAGCAGUCAAUACCCAGUCAAGUGUGACAUUGCUGCACCACGCAUUAUGAGUUCUGUGAAUUAUGUUACUGAAUAUGACCACAUUGGUCACAAGUGGCCUGUCAGAGCUGUUGUUGAUCCAGGGUAGAUUAUGUUGAGAUAUAUUUCUUCUUGUAGAUAAGUAAGAUUCUUAAUAUGAUACAUUCUGCAUGAUUAUAGACUUUUCAGUAGGAUCAAAGAUAGGGAAAUAGAGCUUUUGUUAUUAAAAGGCUGUGUAACAAAUGCACAAAAGAACACUGGAAUUAGACUUUAACUUUGUUUAGAAUCAUGUUAACCAAUUUAUCUGUGUGUCGUUUUGGAUACAAGGGCCUUUAUGAGGAGAUGCUUAAUGCAGUGUGUGAUGACAUAUUUAUUUUUAUUGUUAGUGAGUUAACUCUGUAUAUAAAAGAACAGUGUGGAACAGAAGGGAGAAACUGAAGCAAACCUAACAAGGAAAAUGAAUCUUAUUAUUAAGAGCAGUUAACACAUGUCCAAGGACCUCAAUAACAAGUUGAUAGCAGUUAGAUAUUUGUAUAAAAAUAAGGUCUCAGGAAUUUGUGGAACGAAGACUGGAAAUAUUGUAUAUGAAAUAUGUAAUCCAAUUCCAAAGGAAUGUGUUUUAGAAAGGUGAUGUAUGUCAGUAAUGAAAGCUCAAAAGUAAGAACAGCAAACAUGGUUACAUAGGAAAUGUAAAGUUAUACAUGCAUAAAAAGUGAAGAAAAGAGUGAUGUCAGUACAUUCUGUCUGCAAUAGUAAACAGUACAGGUAGUGUUGCUGCAGGAAGUCAAAAGACUAGGAAGAUGUGCCUAAGAAAUAAAUGAAAACUGAGGGAAUAUGUGAAUUUUAUACCAACUUGAUUUUAUACAAGUUGUCUUGAUUCACAAGACAUGAAUAAUGUGGAAAAUAUUACAAAUCAUUUUGAGGAGGAACUUGUACCAUAAGUGCAGUUGUUGUUUCACACCAAAGGAACUUUGAAGAGAAUUGUAGUUGAUUAUACUAAGUGGGAAGAAAACUGGAUGGCAUAAAAAUAAAUUCAAAACCAACAAAGAUAAAAAGGAUGAGAUGCCUAACAUGUUCAACAAAUUUGAUUUGUUAAAGAUAUUUGUAUUCUCUUUUCACACAGACAAGCAGUGGCCUUGGCCCAUGAAACAAAAACUGACUCGUUCUGACAACUCCAUUAGUCACCAAGAUAAAGGCAUUUUAAAAAUUAAACAGUGGGGUGAUUCCUCGCCCUCCCCCCACCUCCUUCUUAUAGCAGAUCUGCGAGACAGAUUCAGUCACACAACUCUUUUGCUUAAAAAAGUCACAUAGUAAAUAUACAUUGAAUAUAUGAAUUUUUUGCUGUUAUGGUUGUCUGAAUGGCAUGCCACCCAAAAGUUUACUGCAGUAUCCUUGGAAACUUGCACAUGACUUAAACAUCACAUAUCACUUGCCUUGAUAGUGCUAUUCCAACAUCUAGGUCUAUAGAGUGUGAUAAGAUGGAUGGGAGCAUUGUCAAUUUUGGGCUUCAGGUGAUAGUUUAUCAAACAUAUGCAGUUAAUGUGAGUUAUAAUUUAUCACUUCAUGUGUGUCCAGUCAAGAGUCAUCAGUCCCUACAGCUAAUGAAUGAGUUGGCACUCAUCAUUUACCAAGAUAUUUGAAUUCUGCCACGUUGGGUAGAUCUGUGUUGUAAGUGUGGAUAAUCCCAGGCUCUAAUUGAUUCACUUACAUGUUGGUUUUUUUUGUCCUAAUUUUGUUGAAGCACAGGCCAAAUUGAAUUAGUCAGCCACACUACAUCCAGAAUUUCUUUUGGAGAUUAAAUUGCUGCUCAUGGUCAACAUGACACCAUCAACUUACAGGAGAGCCAAUGGUAGUGGCUUUUGCAGGACUGAUGUAACAGUGUUCAUCACAAGACUGAAGUGAAGAUUAUCAGAGCCUUGAUGGAGUCCUUGAUUGUGCUAAAGAAGUCAUUUCACUCUCCUGCUGUGGUCUGGACAUCACUUCUAAGUUCUUAAUACACCAGAUCGACCUACCUGACAAGAUACACUGUGGGAUACCUCAUGUCGAGCUUGAAUGUUGAGGUAUGCUGAAAUAUGAUGUGUGGUGCUUGAUACUUUGUAAAAAGAAGUGUUUGAAAUCAUUCAUUGUGUCAUUCAGAAGCCAGGUUGGACAGGAACUUAGAAAACAAUGGAAGAAGUUUCAUACUUAUUUUAUUUUUAUUUCUUAGUUACAUUCAGUUGCUAGUAAGCAGAUACUGUAAUAUUUUUGGAAGUAUGGUUUUUUAUAACAGAAUAUUAGGGGAUUGAAAUAAAAGGUAAAUGAUCUGCUUGUAUACAUAGAAGAA